UGUUUUCAAAAGGGAGCAAUGUUUAUAAAUACGACCAUAAUUCGGAAGGUGUGUCAUGUCCACCCGGUCGUUGCACUCCGUUCGAUCUAUUAAAGUUUUUUUUAUUUAUGAUUUAAUCGUUGGCUAAUGAGCCUCUUCUUUACCCAAUAAGUUGUGCCCCUUGUUUAAUACAUCGCAAUGAAGACAGCUUUGAUGGUUGCGGAAAAGCCUUCCCUGGCUGCGUCGCUAGCAUCAAUUUUAAGCAAUGGAAAGAGUGCAUCUAGAAAAGGUUUGGUUGGGAAUUGUUCUGUGCAUGAGUGGUCGGGAACCUUGCAUAACGAAACUGUCCAUUUCAAGAUGACUUCAGUGUGUGGGCACGUCAUGACGUUGGAUUUUAUUUGGAAGUACAACAAUUGGGAUCGUGUUGAUCCGGUGGAACUGUUCUCGUGCCCCACCGAGAAGAAGGAGGCGGUGCCGAAGCUGAAGAUGCCGGCCUUCCUCGCCCAGGAGGCAAAAGGGUGCGACUACUUGGUCCUCUGGCUGGACUGUGACAAGGAAGGUGAAAACAUUUGCUAUGAAGUCAUCAAUGCGGUCCAGAACACUAUGAAAAGAAGCGUUCAGAAUCCAGAUGUAGUGUUCAGAGCACAUUUCUCUGCCAUCACUGAUAAAGACAUCAAAGCAGCCCUUGCCAACCUCGGCAAACCCAAUGAGAAUGAAGCUCGAAGUGUGGACGCGCGGCAGGAGUUGGAUCUGAGGAUUGGGUGUGCCUUCACGAGAUUCCAAACAAAGUUCUUUCAGGGGAAAUAUGGCAACUUGGAUGCAUCUCUCAUCUCGUACGGUCCAUGCCAGACUCCAACCUUGGGCUUCUGUGUCCAGAGACAUGACGAAAUACAGACCUUCAAGCCGGAGACUUACUGGGUGUUGCAGAUGAUCGUGCACACGAGCGAAGGUCGGGAAGUGAACUUGGACUGGGAACGAGUCAGGUGCUUCGAGAAGGACAUUGCCACGAUGUUCCUGCUUCAAGUCAAGGAGUUCAAAGAGGCCCUGGUGGAGAGCGUGACGACCAAGGAGAAGGUGAAGGUCCGGCCGCAGGCGCUGAACACGGUGGAGCUGAUGCGGGUGGCCAGCUCGGGCCUCGGGAUGGGGCCCCACCACGCCAUGCAAGUGGCGGAGAAGCUCUACACCCAGGGCUACAUCAGCUACCCCCGCACCGAGACCACGCACUACCCGGAGAACUUCGACCUGCUGAGCGUGCUGCGGCACCAACAGCACAGCCCCGAGUGGGGCGCCGAGGUGCGCGAGAUCCUGGCGGAGGGCAUCAACAAGCCCAGGAAGGGCAAGGACGUGGGCGACCACCCGCCCAUCACGCCCAUGAAGCCGGCCUCUCGCGCCGAACUGGACGGGGACGCCUGGAAGAUCUACGACUACAUAGCCCGCCACUUCAUCGCCACGCUGUCACGAGACUGCACGUACCUGAGUACGACCGCCACGUUCAAAGUGGGUGUCGAGACGUUCUCUUGCACGGGUAAGGUGCUGUUGGACCCGGGAUACACCACCGUCAUGCACUGGCAAGCGUUUGGGAAGAACGAAUCUGUCCCGACAUUCACCCCAGGGGAGCUGGCCAACAUCAAAGAUGCAAAGCUGGUGGAGUGUCAGACCUGCCCUCCCGACUAUCUGUCCGAGGCAGAACUCAUCACGCUGAUGGAAAAGCACGGUAUUGGCACCGAUGCUUCCAUACCGGUGCACAUCAACAACAUCUGCCAGAGGAAUUACGUUACGAUUGUGUCCGGGCGCCGGCUGGAGCCUACCCCUCUGGGCAUAGUUCUGGUGCAUGGCUAUCAGAAGAUAGACCCCGAGCUGGUGCUGCCCACCAUGCGGUCGGCCGUGGAGGAGCAGCUCAGCCUGAUCGCCCACGGGGAGGCCAACUUCUCGGCCGUCCUCCAGCACACCGUCGAGAUAUUCAAGCAGAAGUUCCAGUACUUCGUGAAGAACAUCGAGGGCAUGGACCAGCUGUUCGAGGUCACCUUCUCGCCGCUCGCCGCGUCGGGCAAGGCGCAUUCCAGGUGCGGCAAGUGUCGGCGCUACAUGAAGUACAUCCAGACGAAGCCAUCGCGCAUGCACUGCUCGACGUGCGACGAGACGUAUAACCUGCCCCAGAACGGGAACAUACGCAUCUACAAGGAGCUCAAGUGUCCCCUGGACGACUUCGAGCUGCUGUCGUGGUCGGCGGGAGCCAAGGGGAAGAGCUUCCCGUUCUGCCCCUACUGCUUCAACCAUCCACCUUUCAGGGACAUGAAGAAGGGCAUGGGCUGCAACAUGUGCACGCACCCCACGUGCCCGCACAGCCUGAACAGCAACGGCGUGUCGAGCUGCCCCGAGUGCGAGGCGGGCGUGCUGGUGCUGGACCCCGCCUCGGGCCCCAAGUGGAAGCUGGGCUGCAACCGCUGCGACGUCAUCAUCCACCUGCUGGAGGAUGCCCAGCGCGUGGCCGUGGAGGAGGGCACGUGUACUUGCGGCGCCCAGACGCUGGCCGCCGAGUACCGCCAGGAGAAGAGCCGCCUGCCCGACGGGGCGACGGAGGCCAGCGGCUGCGUGUUCUGCUCGCCGGUGUUCGCGCCGCUGGUGGAGAAGCAGCGCGCGGUGACGCGGCCCCCGGGCAGCCGGGCCCCGCGCGGCAGGGGCGGGCGCGGUCGUUCCCGCGGCAAGCCCAAGCCGCCCAAGGACAAGAUGGCGCAGCUGGCCGCCUACUUUGUGUAGCUGUCCGCGACGGACGUCGUCGAAUAAAGAAAAUGAGUAGAGUU